GAGCGUUUUAUUCGACGGCUAUUAUGUGUCUGACUGGAAAUCACCUACAUCUGGGUGGCGCCGUUAGUGCGAGCUGCGAAAAUGUUGCUGAAACACGCUGCCGCUGGUCUCGCGCUGCUGGCUGCGUCACUGAUGGGUCCGUGCUGGGCCCAGCUAAAGGCCGGCUGUAAAGUGGACACUCUGCAGGCUUGCGGUGAGGACUUCGUGCCCUACGGGAAGGGUACUCACUUGGAGGUGUCGGGGGCACCAUUCAUAAAGAACUGCGAGAUAUACAAAGAGCAGAUUGAAUGCAGCAAGAAGUUUGUCAGAGAGUGUGUUGAAGGCGUGCCGAGGGCCGCGGCACUGCUGGGCCUAGAAGCAUUCCAGGACAACGUUGAAGCCAUCUGCACAGUCGACUCUAAGCAGUACGAAGUAUACCAAAAGGCAAUCGGCUGCAUGAAUUCCGUUGGAGCGAAGAUCAACGCCUGUUUCAAUAGCCUCCAUAGCGGUCUUGAGAAGGCCGUUGUCAAGGCACCCGCAAAGGACAUUGUCCACUACGCAUGCUGCUCGUACGGUAAAUUGGUGGACUGCUUCGAGUCGGUACUGACACCUUGCGAGGAGGUAGGCGGCAAGGAGUUCACUAUCAACCUGGCGGAGCAGGUGUUCGGAGAGAUACUGAGUCUGGUGUGUGGAAACUACGGAAGAGGAUCGGCGGACUGCAAGGAUCUGCCCAAGCUACCAGCGCUGGGUCCGAAAGACCGCAAGUUCGAUGGUUACGUCGAGCUUGUCCUCAGCCUUGCCAACGCAAUCGGCCGCAGAAGCUAACAAUGGCUCCAUUUAUGUCACACUCGGGCUUUUUCGUUGGCGGUGACCCAUGACACACAAUGUAGCGCGUCGUCCUUGCUAUGUAGGAUGGACGCUGCCGUGGUUAUCGUCGGCGUGUUUAUUAUAUGUAAUUUCAUAAACGUACACAUCGCAAGGGAGUUAGGUACGAAGUCCACAAAUAAAUAAAGCCAUAUUUGUACCUUGGGAAGGUCAGUCACUUUGAUUAUUGAGCCAUAUAGAGUGAGCACCGGCGACUCAGAUUCCUUCACAGCAUGAAAACGUACAAAACAAGGAAGUGUCAACUUUAAGAAAUAUAGUUAUGGAGUAGCUGUUAUUGAGGUAAUAAGACAAACAAACCUGAGCAUCUUAUAGUCCUCUAUGCAAUGCUGAUGACUGCCACUAGGCCGCAGAUAGGGGAAGGACAGUGCUAAAGAGUGCAACAGAGACUUCUUGAAUGACCAAGCCUCCUGGAUAUUUUAGGUGGCUCGAUAAAACAUUUAUGUCAUGCCUGAUUCUCGCAAAAGUAGAAGUGGGGAACUACGUUUACGGCAGACAAAAUUUUG